AUGGGGUUCCCGGCGCUUGGAAUCGACUUGUUGUCCAACAGCUAUGCCUUGACCGCUGCUGCUUGCUUGUAUACGUCCAACAUCGCCUGGACUGUUUUAUACGACAUGAUCUAUGCCCAUAUGGACAUCAAGGAUGACGCCAAGGCUGGAAUCAAGAGUAUUGCUCUGAAGCACGAUGCGGAUACCAAAAAGGUCUUGACGGGACUUGCAGCUGUUCAAAUUGGGCUUCUCGCUGCCGCAGGAACUGCCGCAGGGGCUGGACCUGCAUUCUUCAUCGGGAGCUGUGGCGGUGCAGCAGUUGCUUUGGGCGUCAUGAUCAAGCGCGUCAAUCUCAAGAGCGUUAAGGAUUGUUGGUGGUGGUUUGUCAAUGGCUGCUGGAUAACUGGCGGCGUCAUCAGCACAGGUCUUGCGACAGACUAUCUGCUUCGUCUGAGCAAAUCGGAGCCAGAAAAGGCCAUCUCAACGUAA